CGUAUUGGAAAGUUUGGUGGCGCUUUUACUUGAUAUUUCUUUUGCGUGUGUUGCACGUGUACGUUAAUAAAUAAGAAACAUGGGUAAAAAGUUUAAAACUGGAAAGCAAAGAAGAGAUAAAUUUUAUUUUCUUGCCAAAGAAACAGGUUUUAGAUCAAGAUCUGCUUUCAAGUUGAUUCAGUUAAAUAGAAAAUUUGAAUUCUUACAAAAGUCUAGAAUUCUAAUUGAUCUUUGUGCUGCUCCUGGGGGAUGGCUACAAGUUUCACAGAAAUAUAUGCCUGUUUCAAGUCUUAUAAUAGGCAUUGAUCUUGUCUCAAUAAAACCAAUUCCUAAUGUGACUACUCAUCAAGAAGACAUUACUUCUGAUAAAUGCAAACAUCUUUUAAAAACUGAAUUGAAAACAUGGAAAGCAGAUGUAAUACUUCACGAUGGAGCCCCUAAUGUUGGAAAAAGUUGGAUUCAUGAUGCUUUCUCUCAAAAUCAGUUAACUUUGAGUGCACUAAAACUUGCUUCAGAAUUUUUAACUAAAGGUGGCUGGUUUAUAACAAAAGUAUUUCGUUCUAAAGAUUAUCAUGCACUGUUAUGGGUGUUCAAAUUACUUUUUAAAAGGGUUCAUGCCACCAAGCCACAAGCAUCUCGUCAUGAAUCAGCAGAGAUUUUUGUUGUGUGUGAAAACUAUAUUGCUCCUGCAAAAAUUGAUCCAAAGUUUUUCAAUCCUAAAUAUUUAUUUGAAGAAGUUGAAGCAGAACCUAAAGCUUUUCUAAAUGUUCUCCAUCCUGAAAAACAAAAUAAAAAAGCAGAAGGUUAUCCAGAAGGAGAUUAUACACUUUAUAAUAAAUUGAAAGCAUCAGAAUUUAUCAAAUCGAAUAAUCAUAUAGAACUUUUAGGAAAAUAUAAUGAGAUUAUUUUUGAUGAUCCAAAAAUUGAAAAUCAUCCAUUAUCGACAAGUGAGGUCAAAGAGUGUUGUAAAGAUAUUAAAGUAUUAGGGAAAGGUGAUUUAAAACUACUAUUAAAUUGGAGAAAAAAGAUGAAAGAGUAUUUAGAAAAAGAAGAGAAGGAAUUAGUAGAAGAAUUACAAGAAAAAGAAGAAAUUCCAAAUGCAGAUGAGGAAAUUUUAGAAGAGACCAUUAAACUUCAAAAAGAACAAGAAAGUGAAUUGAAAAGGAAGAAGAAAAAUAUACUUAAACAGAAAAGAAAAUUAAAUGAAAGAAUUAAUUUGAAAAUGGUCAUUAAAAAUGAUGAACCACUUGUACAAGAAGAUAUUGAAUUAUUUCGACUCAACAAAAUUAAAAAAAAAGAUGACUUGGAUAAACUUGAAGAGAAUGAUCCUUCUAUAUUAGCAGAUGAUCCUGAUAAUGAGAAAAAAGAUAGAUUGAAAAGAAAAUGGUCUGUAUAUAGUCGAGAUGAAAAACCAACUGAUUGGAUAGAAAAUGAAAUAGUAGAUGAUGAAGGAUCUGUUGUUAGCUUAGAAGAAGAAAGCAAUGAAGAAAUUGAAGAAAAUAAUCCUCUUCUAUUGGAUUUAGAAGAUAAAAAGAAAAAUGCUGCUGAAAGAUGGUUUGAAAAGGAUAUAUUCACAGGUCUAGAGACGGAUGAUGACGAUGAUGAAUUGGAACUUGAAUUUAUUUCUGAUAAAACUAAAAAGACAGAAGUUGAAAAAUCUUCCAAUGAAACUAAAAAUGAGUCUGAAGUUUUAAUAGAUGAGAAAUCUGCCUUUGAUAAAAGUGGUGAUAUUUCAGAGACCAGCAGUUCAGAUGAUGAUAUCAGUGAUGUUGAAGAUGAUAGAACCAAAACACAAAAAAAAAAGAAGAAAAAGAAGUUAGUUUUAGAUCCUGAAGGUCUUGCCCUGGGCUCUUUGAUGAUUAAAUCACAAAAAACUAAAAGAGAUAUCAUUGAUGAUGCUUUCAACAGGUACAGUUUCAAUGAUGAAAAUUUACCUGAUUGGUUUGUUAAAGAUGAAGAGAAGCAUUAUAAAAGAAAUCUCCCAGUUAGUGAAUCUCUUGUACAAGAUUACAAAGCUCGUUUAAAGGCAAUAAAUGCCAGACCAAUUAAAAAAGUCAUUGAAGCUAAAGCAAGAAAGAAGAAAAGGGCUCUUCGAAAACUUGAAAAAGCUAGAAAGAAGGCAGAAUCAAUUACAGAAUCACUGGAUAUGAGUGAAAAAGAGAAAGCACAGCACAUAAAAUCAAUAUACAAAAAAGCAUUAAAGAAGAAAGAAGACAAAAUUACUUAUGUAGUAGCCAAAAAAGGAAUAGGAAGAAAAGUCAGAAGGCCAGCAGGUGUUUCAGGAAGAUUUAAAGUUGUAGAUAGGCGACUGAAGAAGGACAAACGUUCAUUGGAUGCUAAAAGAAAGAAACAUAAAUAAAUAUAUUUUUCAUAUUAAGUAAAAUUUGAUAAGUUUAUUCAUUUCUAAAAAAUUAUUCUUUCCCUGCACGAUUAGGCCAUUCUAUAAGGCCGGCUCUUUGGUCACAUAGCGAUCACCCACUAGUCUCUCGAAGUAAAGGUGUAUAGCCAUAAUACUCCAUA